AUGACCGACUCUAAGACUCUCCACAAUACCGAUCCUCCUUCCCUACCACCAAAUCCAUCCGAUCAGAUUCAUGUGGACAUGGAGCGGUACAAAUUGACUGUUCCACGCUGGAAGCGGGUCUGGCAGCACAGCUUAACCCAAAUGAUACUUCUGAGUAUACAAGCCUUUUGUGGGCCAGCUAUGUCUGACGCAAUCACUGUCUGCUUCAUCGGUGGUCCCAUCGUCAACAAGAUUGGCGUAAAGUGGGCCCUUGUCAUCGGUGCAAUGUCCUUCCCCAUCCAGGGUUCGGCAUAUUAUUGCAACAGCAAGUUUGGAGACCAAUGGUACCUCAUUUUCAGUGGUGCUAUUAGUGGUAUUGGAACCGCGUGCUGGUACGUCGCUGAAGCCGGAGCCAUCAUGACACUUGCUCCUUCUGGUGCGCGUGGAAAAUACCUAGCUCUGUGGAUCGUCUCGCGAAAUCUAGGACAGCUGGUUGGAGGUUCGAUCAAUCUGUCCAAAAAUCACGUUGAAGGGGAUAGCGGUGGUGUCACGCCGAAUACUUACUUGGCUUUCGUUAUAAUUGAGUCUCUUGCUCUACCGUUUUCAUUGCUAAUUAUGCCUUUUCAACAUGUCGUCCGAUCCGAUGGCACGAGGAUCAUUACUGCGGAGACUCUGUCUACGAAGCAGGAGUUUAAACGCAUUUGGAAGACUAUUACUUCGAAGCUCAUUGUUCUCUCUGCGCUCUGGGCAUUAUGGUCAUUUUUCUACAGCGGUACUUGGUCAACCUACUUAGGAACCUAUUUCUCUGUUCGCGCCCGCGCUCUCUCAUCCUUAAUUUCUCCCUUCUUCUGCAUUGUCGGCUGCUUUGGACUGGGUUUCAUUCUCGAUAUGAAAAGCGUUAGCCAACGCCGUCGCGCUCAGAUCGGUUUUUACACUGUCGUAAUUCUUAACAUUGGUGUAUACAUCUGGUCUAUCAUUAUCCAAACAAAAUUUGAUCGCAAUGAUCCUGGCAAUAUUGAUUGGAAUAACAGCCUAUACCCGUCAGCCUUCCUACCAUAUUUCUUUGUACAGACCACCGGCCCCUUAUCGCAAUCGUACAUGUAUUGGCUUAUCUCAUCCUUUGGAACAAAUGCGCAAGAAAACGUCCGCAAUGGCGCUGCAUUUAGAUGCAUUGAAGCCGUCGGUCAAGCUAUUGCCUACAGUAUGAAUACUCAAACUAGUAACAUUCUCGUCGGAUUCUCCGUGACAUUUGGCUUACUUGGGGCUGCUAUGUUGCCAAUGCAUGUGCUUGUGAAUACCACGCCAGACCGUAUUCCUGCUGAUGUGGUUGUGGAGCAGCAGGCGGUUCAUGGAAAGACCGAAGUCUAA